GAGUGGAGCUGAAGCUGCUUCAGUCGUCUCUGUGGGGCUGAGGAUCAACAGGAAAGCCCGCUGGUUCUGCCCAUCAUGGGUUACAGCCCUCUGUGUCUGCUCCUGUUGCUGAGCAGCUACUCUCUGGCACAGGAUGUUGAGGAAACAGCUUCAUGUCAGAUGGCCUCAAGAUUCAAGGUCCACAGGAAGUAUGUGUACCAGUACAGCGCAGAGAGCCGUAAUGGAGCGCUGGGGUCUACCAACCUGCAAACCGGGCCUAAAGUCACUUGUGAGGUAGAGAUCGAAGUCCCCCAGAUGUGCAGGUUCAUCAUGCACACCAGAGGCUGCACCGUCAGCGAGGCGUCCACCAUGGAUCCUCAGGGUGAGCCGAUCUACAGCCCGGCCCCCGGCUCCGACGCCUUCAAAGCCAGCAUGGAAAAGAGUCCUCUGAAGGUCGGCGUCCGCUCCAGCAGCCAUGUGGAGGUUUACCCCGAGGCAGACGAGCCUGUCAACAUCCUCAACAUUAAGAGAGGCAUCCUGUCUGCCUUGCUGGUGCCCGUCAUGGAGGACGGCCAGAAGGUUCUGGUGAGCACAGUGCAUGGCCGCUGUUUAACGGCGUUCACCGUUAGGGCCGGGCAGGACGGCGCCACAGACGUCCGUCUCUCCAGAGACCUGUCCCAGUGUGACCAGUCCCACGGCAGGACCCUCCUCAGCAGCCCAGUGGCGCUGCUGCAGCGGCUGCACAGCCCCGUAUCCAAACUGAUGAGCGGCGCUCAGAGCUGCCGUUACCGCUUUGAUGAGCGGGGAUCACACAUCAGCGCUGCCUCGUGCACGGAGAAGCACACAUACCUGCCCUUCUCCCAGAGCGAAAAUGGAGUCUCAUCUGUGGUGACCCAGGUUCUCAACUUUCAAAGUGUAAAAAGGAUUAGUAGCAGAACCUUUGAAGCAGAACCCCAGCAGGCAAAGCCUCUCCACUUUGGAGAACCAGAAGACAAAACUGCGGUCCAGACGAAGGAUGCCGUUCUGAGCAUCCUGCAGGAGCUAGCGGCAUUAGCAACCACAGAUCAAGGCCAGAAGCGGACCAGCCUUUUCCAUAAGCUGGUGUCCAGCAUGAGGGUCCUGAGGAACGAGACCCUCAGCCAGACGGUAGCUGAGAUGGUGCGAGUGUCCCACUGGCUGACCUUCCAGGCCCUGUUCCAGUGUGGAACCACAGAGUGCACCAGUGCCAUCAUGCAGGUUAUCUGGACAGUUGACGGGGUCUCCCUGGAGGUGGAUGCUCUGGUCUACGCAUUGGGUCUGCAGGCCAAUCCUGAUGCUGCACGUGUGCGAGAUAUGCUCAGCAUGGCUGAGUACAAGCAGAGCAAGGCCAUCAUGUAUGCUCUAGCAAACACGGUAAAAAGGUUCUACAAAGGAACGGUUACUCCAGAGAUCAGGGAGGUGUCAGCGUUCAUGGAGAUGAUCCUAAACGGCUGCUCAGGGGAAACACGAUACACUGACAGGGAAGACCCCUCAGAUCCAGAGGAGGCCUUCCUGGUACUCAGGGUUGUUGGUGUUAUGGGUCGGGCCAUGCAGGACGCCAGUCCAGCACUCAUCUCCUCUGUUCUGCGAUGUAUGAAGAAAAGCGAUAUUCCACUGUCCAACCAGAGGGCAGCUAUCCAGGCCUUCAUGCUGAUGGACAUUACCGCUGAGAUUCGGAGCUCUCUCCUGGAGGUGUACCAGAACCCUCAAAGUCCUGUUGAAGUACGUCUGGCAGCCUACCAGGUUCUGAUGAAGAACCCGGACCACAGCCUCAUAAGAGAGAUCACAAACGGUCUGAAGGACGAGAAGGAUGAGCAGCUGAAGAGCUUCGUGUUGUCCCACCUUUACAACAUCCUCAACUCUGCCGAUGAAAAACCUGAACUCAAGGAGCUCGUUGAGGCGGCCUUGCAGGACCAACUGUCGCCCACAAGCUCCGUGUUCAGUCGUCUGUCCAAAAACUACAAGCUCAGCUCCCCGCUGGGCUCGGUCCAGAGCAACAUCAUCUUCGAUGACAGCAACACGCUGCCGAAGGAGCUGAAGCUGGAGGCAUCUCUGAAGGCCUUCGACCGCAGCUAUGACAUGUUGGAGGUUGGGCUUGAAGGAGCAGGAUUUGAACCCACCAUCAAAGCUCUUCUUGGGGAGAGGGGCUUCCUCCCUGAGACUUUUUCCAGACUCAUGAAGCUCGCAGGCGACAGCGCGCCGAUGGUCCGAGAACUUCUGGACAGGGUUUCAGCAGGUCGAGGCAGGAACAGGAGACAGGCUCCAGAAGAUCACCUGAAGGCAAUCAAAGACAGCUUCCAGAAGCUCCUUCAUGAUGUUCGAUUCUCUGCAGCUCCAGAAGCCACCGCCGUUCUCCGGCUUCUGGGAGAUGAAGUCGGAUACAUGAAGACGAGUGAAAUGAGAACAAUGCUGGAGACUCUGUUCAUGUACUACCAGGUUUUCAUCCGAGGACUUCCUGCACAGGCCUUCCUCAAGCUGACUUCCAGCGCUGAAAAUGAGUUGUUCUUCCACUACAUCUUCAUGGAGACGUCCUUCUCUCUCCCCACUGCCGCUGGUUUUCCUCUCAAGCUCUCCUUGUCUGGAGUGUUAGCAGCUGGUGCCAGAGGAGGCCUGAAGCCUUCAGCAGUGACUGAGGCGUCCUUCAUGCCUUCAGUAGGCGUGGAGCUUAUCACCAGAAUGGGCGUGCACCUUCCAGACUACGUGGAUGCAGGGACUGAGAUGCACACUAACCUGUACCAUGAGAGCUCACUGAGAGCCAAAGCAUCUGUGAAGACAAACCAGAUCAAAGUGUCCCUCCCUGCUCCAGAGUCCAACAUCCAGCUGCUCAGUGUCAGCAACAAGCUGCUGUCCAUCUCUGCUGGACAAGCUAAGGCGGUGCUGUCUCUGGCGGAGGACCGGGUCGACUCCACCGACUGCCAGCCUCUGUUAAAAGGACUCAACCUGUGCACAGUGGUCCGCUACAGCAACGCUUCCUCCACCGAACAGACUCCUUAUUUCCCUCUGACUGGAGAAGCUACGUUUGCAGUUGAAGUCCAGCCCACUGGGAAAGUCUCUGAGUACACGGCCACCAUCACUGAGGAAACUGUGAAGGACAAGAGGGGCCGACCCAAAGCGGCGUCUGUGACGCUCAGCCUGAAGGCAGAAGGUCAAGAAUCAAUAGAGGCUACUGCAGCUGUCAGAUAUGACCACAAUAAAAACACCAUCUCCACUGAGCUGGUCAUUCCUGACUGGGAUGUGGAGGCAGGCAUCAACCUGGCCGUAACCCAAAGUGACCGAGAUGGAAGGAGGAUGAGAGGUUUCACCGUUGAUGUGACCAACAAGAACAUCCCACAGCUCACUUUAGUCGGACGUGCAAGACAUGAAAUGAUGAAGGAGCUCAUGCUGCAGCUCCUGAUGGACAUUCCCUCUCUGAAAACAGAUGCAUCCAUCUCAGCCAUCCUGAAGAGGGAUGAGAGUGUGCAGAUUGACUUAGAAUCAGUCCUCCACCUGCCAGAGACUUCAUGCCAACAGAAAGCUUCUCUGAAAUAUGAUGAUGAUAAGGUCCAGGUAGAACUGAAAACAGACCUGAAUGCAGAGGUAAAGAAAAUGAUUCCAAAUGCAGAAGAGCAUCUCCAGAAGCUUCAGAAGCUGAUCGAUGACAUCUUAGACCAGAAAGUGGCAAAGACUGACAUGAAACUGCGGCACAUUGUCACCAAAGGGAUUGAGGCAGGGAACAUCUGGCUGGACAAACUGACCACUCAGUUUCCCUCUCUUGCAACUCUUCGAAGUAAGAGGAGCCUCUCAGACCUCACCUUGCCAGCCCUGCCUGAGAAACUGUUCCUGCAGUCUGACAGUUUGUUUCGAUACGAGUUCAACAAGGAAAAGAUCAUCAUAACUCUACCCCUUCCACUUGGAGGCAAAACGUCAGAAGAACUGAAUCUUCCAAAGACUUUAUUCUUUCCAACCAUAGAUUUGCCACAGAUUGGGCUGCAUAUCCCAGCCAAAAAGUAUGUGCUGCCAUCAUUCAGUGUACCAAACUCCUUGGGUCUCACCAUUCCUCUUUUGGGACUGGCCGAAGCUUCAACCAAGAUCCACAGCAACUUAUAUAACUGGGAGGGAUCGAUCUCUGGAGGCAACAACACUGUUGAUAUUCCUAGCUACGCUGUCCAGUACAAGGCCAUGGCUCAGUCCCCAAUAAGUUUACUGUCAUACAAACUUGAAGGGGCCGGGAUGAUAUCAGAAAGGGCUGAUGACAAUCUCAAGUAUCUACUCAACUGCUCUUUCAGCCACAUGCUCCUUGACACCAGCUUCAGCAUCAUGGAAACCUUAAGAGUGACAGAGAAACUGAAUGGUCAAGCCAAUUACAAAUUUGAGGCCUCCAGUCCGUUAGGCCUUCAUGCCUCUCUCCAGUCCUCUACUCAGUAUACUUCUACUCUGAAUUCUGAUGACAUUUUGGUAGAUGGUACUCUUGAUGUACUACUCAAACUAGCUUCUUUCCAGACCAACGCCUCUUAUAGCCACAGCUACAAUCUGCGUCCGCUGAUUCAUGAGGGAAGAGGAGAGUCAUCCUUACGCUUUGACUCACCCUUCAUCCAGUUUCAAAACAUGAUCCAAGGAGUUUAUGCAAACUCUGAGUUAAAUGUCGUAUCUAAAACCAGGACCCAAAAGGAUGUCUUCAAGCAUGUUGCAGAGCUCAGGUACAAAGAUGCACAACUGACCCUGAAAUGCAAUGCUGUUGGGUUGGCGUUGGGGAAAUCACUAAAUAACAUAGUUGAGUUUGGUUUAUCAAGACACAUGUCCAUCUUCAGAAUUGAGUCCCAGGCAGACGAUGACGCAAGUAGGGUUUACUCUCUUAUAACUGGAUCCCUCAGCUCAAAUGGGAUGGAGGUUAACUCUGAGGGCUCCCUCACCUUUGAUAUGGGUCGGGCAUUGCAUAAAGUUUCUGUAAGAGCUGGAGGAGAUGGUCUAACCUUCACUGGAACUAACAACAUUCAGUGCAGCCCGGUGACAAUGGAGAAUACCUUUGAUGGAGCAAUAGGUGCCAGUGGAGCAUCCUUUGCUUCAACUACCAAAGUAAUGGCUGAGGAAGGAAGAGGAGAGCUUAACAUUGAAGGUAGGGUCACUCCUUCAGAGGCUUUUUUGUAUGGUGACCUUAAGGGUCAUGCUUAUGAUGCAGCGACAACAAACAACAUGAAGGUUAUCCUGAACAGAAGAGCCCUGACUUUCACUAGUAACACAAAGGGAAUGCUGAGGCAGAUGACAACAGAAAGCAGCCAUGAAUUGACCCUCACUCUCUGGACAUUAUCCCUCCGCUCCAAGAGUGACAACUUUAUCUGUGAGGAUCUCUACUACAGGCAAAACACCAAGGUUGAUGUAAAACCGUUUGUUCUGGCAUUGGACAUCACCAACAAGCUCAGGUUUUAUGACCUCAGCGUUAACAAGGAAGGUCGCAUGAAGCUUGAACCACUUCAGGUGGAACUUGGGGGAACAUUGAAUGGAGCGUUCAGAGAACAACACAACAUCCAGCAUACCUAUGAACUCACCUACAAAGAUAUGUCUGGUUCAAUGAAGUACAGCACAUCUGGGAACAUAACUGAUGCCCAGUUAAGUCACAAGUGUGAACUUGAAUUUGCUGGAUUUUCCUCAAACUCAAAGUGUGAGGCAAAGUUAAAUUCUGAACCUCUACGCUUUGGUGGUAGGAUUGCCAUCCAGGCAGUGCCUUUUAGUCUGGCUGUUGAUUCGUCUAUGGACAGCGAUGGGGAAAUAAAUCUACAUGGGAAACACAGUGGGCAGAUGUUCAGUACGUUGCUGGUGAAAACAGCCCCGCUAGCUGUUGCAUGGUCACAUGACUGCCGGGUAUUGACCAAACACAGGCUUCCAAGUGGAGAGUCUUCAACUAACUUUAAUAACAAAUUUCAAGGCCUCUUGACUCCAAAAGACCAAUCUUUGCAGUGGAAGGUGAACUCCAAGCUGAACAACCAUGGUUAUGAGCAGAGCAUCAGUGCUUACAAUAAUCCUGAGAAGGUUGGACUUGAGUUAUCAGCAGUUGCCCUUACCGACUUUCUCAGCAGACAGACGAGAUCCAAAGCAGAAGCACAGAAUUUCAGCAUGGCUGGCUUCCUUAAGUAUGACAAGAACAGCAACUGUCACAUCAUUGAGAUCCCUCUCAUCGAGAGUUUCCCUGUUGCUUUUGAGCGCCUUAAAAGCACAUUAGUACACGCCUUAGAAUCCUUUCAACAAUUUAUACUGAAUUUAGACAUUAAUCAGCUCAUCACCAAUUUCAGAGCCAACUUAGAUAAGCUACCAAUUCAAGUCAAAAACUUGAUGAGAAAACUUGACUUGGAAAAUAAAGUCGAUAAGAUAAAAGAAAGGCUUGAUUAUUUGAUCAACGAGUUUGCUCUAUCAAUGGAUGACUUGGAGCUUGGCGUGAGCAAUCUAAGGCAGAUUUUAGAAAAAAACAUUGUGGACAUAGUUACAAAAGUGCAUGUCCUCAUCUCUAAAGCUCAGGAGUUCAUCAAAGAAGGACAUCUGAGCCACAAAAUAACAGCUGUACUUUCAUAUAUUGGAGAUCAGCUUCAUGCUUUUGAUGCCAAAUACAAAAUUAAGCAGUCGCUUGUCAAAACACUUGAUUUCAUGGAGGACAUCGUGAGACAGAUGGACUUACAAAAGCUCAGGGAAAGCAGUGCAGCAUUCCUGCAUGAGCUGGACUUAAAAUAUGGCAUCCUGCAGACAAUCAAGGAAAAACUGUCUGAGAUAAAGAAGACCUUUGAGGAUUUCAACCUGGCUCAGUUUGUGGAAGGUGUGAAGAACUACCUCCUGUCUGUUGACUGGGCUUCUUAUGUGGAGCAGCUCUCCUAUCAAAUCCCGGUGGCAGAGAUCUCCAGAGUGAUGGAAUCCAUAAAUGAGGUUAUUGUCAACUGGAUUGAUGAAUAUGAAAUCCCCAGCAAACUAAAUGCAGUGCACUCCUACUUCAAAGACAUACUUUUAAAAUAUGAACUUGAUAAUAUUUUCAAGGACUUGAUGGAUCAAGCAGUGAUUCUUGUCAAAGAAUGGAAAAUUGAAGACACUGUGCACUCAGUUGUUCAAGCUCUGAAAUCCAUCAAACUUGAAAUUGUUUAUGAUAAACUGAUGAACUUCCUGUACCACGCAACAAGCAAGAUUAGAGAACUAGACUUUAAAAAAAGCAUUGAUGACCUCAAUGAUCGUAUCUCCUCAAUACUGGACUCAAUGAAAGACUUUGACUAUGGUGCAUUCAUCGAUGAGACAAACGUUAAGAUCGUUGAGCUGACAAACUACCUGAAUGAAGAAAUAAAAAAAUAUGAGAUUGUCAACAAGAUUGAGGCUGUCAGGCAGUUUUUCAGAGAAAUUCAAAAUUCUAUCUAUGCAUAUCUGGAUGAACUGAAAAACACCAAAGUAGCUGAUGCCUUGAAGAAGCUGAAGGAUGUGACUGAUACUGCAUUUUACAAUGACGUCAAACUGAAAGUUCAGGACAUUCUGGAGGACAUGAGGCAACGGAUUCUAGACAUGGACAUUCGAGAUGAAAUUCAAAUCUACUUACAGAGAGCAAGUGACUCCUACAAGAACAUGGCUGCCUUCUUUUCUGCACACUUUAAAAGCCUGAUGGAGUGGAUCAAAACAUUAGCUAGUGAUAAUAAGGCCAUUGACCAGAUGAAGCAAGCUGUAGAAGGAGUUCUGGAGCAAAUUAAAAGAGCUGAGAUUAAAGUUGCCACUUUCACUGUUCCUCUGACUGACCUGGUAAUACCAGGAUUUACAAUCAACCUCAACAAACUGCAGGAGAUCACCAUCCCAACUCAAAUAUCAGUGCCAGAAUUCACCAUCCUCAGCUCUUACACCGUUCCUGCUUUCACUGUAGACUUUAAUAAGAUCAAGACCAAGAUAGUUGGAAUCAUCGAUGACAUCCGGGGAUUUCAGAUCCAAACGCCUGACAUGGAGGACAUCUUUGGCAACUUAAAAGUUCUUUACCUCCCUGAUCUGCCAGACCUUACCUUUCCAGAAAUUGUUCUUACAGAAAUACGAUUCCCAGCCAUAAGCAUUCCUAAAUUAAAUGUGCAGGACUCUGAGAUGAGAAUGCUUACAAUUCCUGAUGUGACAUUUCCAGAGAUUCCUACUGACAUUUGCAUCCCAGUGUUUGGCAAACUCCAUGGAGAAUUUAGCAUUACCUCUCCACAGUAUGAGCUUGUUAACAAAUUGAAAGUUGAGAAUUCCACUUCUGAUUCAGCAAACCCAAAGUUUACAGCUACAUUUACUUCUCAUGCUAAUUCACCAAUCGAAGCCCUGGAACACACUUUUGAAACCAUGACUCAGCUGGAAGCUCCAAGAAUGGAGAACCUCCUAUUCACACAGUCAUUAAAGGUUAGACAUGCAGCCUUCUCGGUUGACCAUGAAGGAUCUCUGACACUUCCUGGUUCCCCUGCGGAGGUUGCUGCCAAGUCCACCACCGUGGUCUCAACUCAGUUCUACACUGCAGACUUGGUUGGCAGUGCGGCGCUUUCAUUACAGAGUGGAAUAUCUGCAGUAAUAGAAACAACUUACAACCACAAACUGGAUUUGCCAAUACUAGACGCUUCCAGUCAGUUAUCACUGAAGCAAAGCAUGGCAGCAAGAACGGAGUCUGGUUCCAUUACUGUUACUGGUGAAACUAGUGGUACUGGAAAAUGGUCCAUUCAAGACCUCUCUGAUGAAGGUACCCACAGAACCAACGUAAAGGUUAACGUUGGCUUUAGCACAGCAAAGCUUACAUGUGCAGGAGAAAUAGACUACAAGGGUUUAAAAGCGAAACACACACUGACUGCUGAAUCUGCCAUCUUAAGCGACAUUACUGUAGAAGCUCAAUCUGAGUGCAAAACGCCAUUUGUCAAAACCAGUGUUAUGUUUUUAAAUGGAGAGGCUCACGUCGCAGACCUGAAAGCUGCACUCUCAGUGUCCCAUGAGGCUGAAUUCACAGGAGAUCUGGCAGGAACCAUGUCCAACUCCCUGGAAUUCAAAGCACAUCCAUUUGAGAUCCUUGUUGACGUUAACAACAAGGUGAACUCCAAAGUUUUGCUCCCACUAAAACUCACCAGCAGGGUGGACCUUCAGCAUGAUUAUGGUGUCGCGAUAAACUCAGAGAAACAGAGAACAUGGUGUUUUGCUUUGGCCAGAUUCAAUCAGUACAAAUACAGCCACAAUGUUACAGCAGAGAACAGUGAGAGGGACAUCUACUUCCAGUCUUUAGCAGAAGGAGAGGCUAAUUUGGAGUUUCUGACCAUUCCUCUCUCUUUCCCAGAAAUGACAAUACCUUAUCUCCAAAUCCAAACCCCUGAGGUCAGAGACUUUUCUCUAUGGGAAGAUGGUGGCUUAAAAUCCCUGCUUUUCAAUUCUCAACAGUCAUUUGAUAUGGAUCUCAGGUUUCAGUACCACAAGAACCCAGACUUGCACCGCUUUGAGUUGCACCUGGAACCGAUCUACAACGCAAUCAGUGACAACUUUGAAACGGUUCAGGGUCAAUUUGAAGCUUGCAGAGACAAAGUGGUUUCACUUCUGAAACAUUCAUACCAUGAAGCAAAGGCUCAAUACAUCAAGCACAAAAUUGACACUUCUAGUCUUCCUCCAAAAAUCUUCAGGGUCCCUGGAUAUAAAAUCCCCAUAUUGGACAUCCAGGUCUCUGCUUUCAGAGCUGAGAUGCCAGCAUUCAGUUUCUUUGUUCCCAAAGAAGUCAGCACACCAAGCUUCCGACUUCCAGCUCUGGGCUUUUCUGUCCCAUCCUACACCCUCGUGCUCCCAUCUCCCAGGUUUCCCGUCAUCCGUGUCCCAGAAAGUUUAAGUGAAAUAAAGCUGCCCAGUUUCACCCUGCCAGCUGCCCAGGACAGCGUUGUGAUUCCAGCGCUGGGCAACAUAACCUGUGACUUCUCCUUUAAAUCCCCCGUGAUUAGCCUAAAUGCUAACGCAGGCCUUUACAACGAGUCUGACAUCGUUGCUCGCUUUGGUGCGUUGUCUGUGUCUGAGUUUGAUGUUCUGAAUGGAAAAAUCGAUGGCACCACCAGUCUGACAAGAACAAGGGGAUUAAAAGUGGCUUCCACCGUCACCUUGGAGCACAGCAAUGUUCAAGCUAACCAUGAAUGCUCUGUUAGUCUCACAAAGAGGAGCAUGGAGGCUUCUGCUGCCAACUCUGUAAAAAUUCAUCUACCCUUCCUCCAAAUGGAAAUGAGUCAGGAACUCACUGGGAACACCAGAACCAAGCUGAAUGUGCUGUCCAAGAAAAAACUGAGCUACAUGUUUAAUUUUCCUCAGAUUGCAUCUGCAGGCAAAGGAAGCGUUGACAUGAGCUGGGACCUGGAAGCUCUGUCCUCUCACGUGUUGCUGGAGUCGUCAACACAAGCAAAGUCUGACAUAAUGACCAUGGACGUAUUUAACAUUGUUGGCAGUCUGGAAGAAACAAAGACGUUCUUCAUCAACGUUAAUGGCCUGCGUACAACUGCUCAGACGUCCCUGACCUUAAAACUGGACAAGCAGGAGAAGCAGAAACGAAGCGUGAGCAGCAACCUUUUCCUGUUAGAUCUGGGGAGCUCGCUAGCUUCUGAUGUUUCCCUACGCCGCGUCUACACAACAGUUCAAUAUAACAGCAACAACAAGGUUCACUCUGAACGCUUCAGCAUGAGUGGAAGGCAUGGUGUCAGGGGCGAGCUGGAUCUAGUUCCUUUAAAAACACUGAAGACUAAACUGAGGUGUGAAGCUGAGCAGUCCAGUAGUGUGGGUGACGCCCGGCUCUCUCAGGACCUCAGCUUAGCCAUCAGCUCUGAGAAGCAGUCCCUGGCCUGGAGUCUGGAGCAGCAGCUGGGAUCAGUCUAUCAUAGUUCUGACUGGAGCAUUUUUAAUGAAGGACCUGAAGCAGGCGUGACAUUCUCUGGGUCGUUGGGGGGGCACCUGGCCUUCUUGAAGUCGAUCAAACUUCCUGCUUAUCAGAGGACCCUGUGGGAUGUGCUCAAAAUGGAUGAGGUCACAAACAUUAAUGACGUGCAGUUCUUUAACUUCUCCUCCGCUCUAAUUUACACAAAGAGCUCAGAUGGCUAUGAUUACCAGAUACCAUCUAAGUUAUUAGAGAAUGGUGUCACAUUCAGCUUACCUGUGUUCAGCAUCCCUGUGCCUCAGUGGCUAAAAGAAGUCCCUCACUCCAUCAGGAACAUAGAUCUGAGAUUUGAAAAUGUGGAAGUCCCUGAUCAUAUCAGUGUUCCUCCUGCAGUCCCACUUCCUUCCUUUCAUGUCCCGUUUACCAGCUUGCACAUGGAGUCCUUCACGGUGGAUCCAGAGAACCUGAAUGUCCCGACGCUGAUCUCCACCAAGGCUUUUGACAUUCUGCUCCCCGGCUUGCCUGUGAUAUCAGUGCCCAGCUGUGACAUUAGCACUGAGUAUCUACAGGACAAGAUGUCCUUCCUGACCGUCAAGAUUCCACAGCAUGAGAUCAGAGUGUCUUCUUUCACCUUACCUAAAUCCGUCACCAUUGGAGACCUCUCCAUCAGUCUGGAUGACCUCACUGGUCACAUUUCAAACUUCAAAAUUCCUGAUAUUGUUUUCCCAGAACAGAAGGUGGAGAUCCCUGAAAUUGUCCUACAUCUGCCUUCCAGCAUCUUCAUCCCAUCCUUUGGUGCACUCAGUGCCACUUUUAAUAUUUCCUCCCCUGUCUACAAAGUGUCAACCACUGCUGCUGUAAGGAAUAAAGAUCCCAACCUUGAAAGUUCAUUGAGCUCCUACAGCACAUCCACCGUGGACUUCAUGGAGUACGAUCUCACCGCCUCUGCAACCCUCAGAUAUAUUAAUGAGAUGUUUCAUCUGAAUGGGAACGGCAAGUUGAGCCACAGCGACGUAAACGUGAACUGGCAGCACGUCCUGGAUCAGCCCCUCAGGACAAAACGUCAAAUUUCCAGAGGUGAUUCUGUGAGCCGGGAGUGUCGUCACACCCUCGAUAUCGACAUCACCAGCCGUACGUUCACAGACGCCAGCGUCCGCUUUGCUGCCCGCAGGGACAGCGUCACCGCAUCCGUGUCAGCUCCAUCCGCCGGCUUCCUGGGACUGCAGCUUCAGAGAAGGUCUUCAUCGCAGCUGCAAGGGAAACUCUUCAGCCGAUACCUGUCCACUCCUGGGAAGGACACCAACGUUCUCACGGCCAAAGCCUCGCUGAAGAACUCGGAGAAGCUGGUUCUGCAGACGUCGUGGAACUGGGACUCUGUGAAUGAUUUCAUCACAGGCUUUAGGGACCGGAUCCCUCUCAUGACCAGCGCUGUGGUCAGGUUCAUCAACAAGCACCACACGUCAGCCUUUGGCUUCGAUCUGAGCCGAGGCGGCGUGAAGCUCAGGAACUCUCUGCUGAAUCUGAUAGACAGGGUCUACCAGGAGGUUCUCCUCUCCCUCAGACGGCUGCAGCAGGCGGUCCAAACCCUCGCAGAUCGGGCGAAGGACUCGUUCACGGCGCUUUCUGACUCCCUGCUGCUCACAGCUCCCAUGACUCUCACAGACCUGCUGACCCAGGAUGUUAGCGGUAGCCUCAGACACGCCUGGAACCACACUGAGGUUCUGCUGGAGGCCACCACAGACUUCCUGCGCAGCAGAAACUUCUCCAUUCCUGGCUAUGCUAGGAAGCCCCCCAUCAUGGAGACGUUCCAGCAGAGCCUUUCCAGCCUGACACUGAAGAUCUCUGAGGACAUCAGCAGGACGGCCUUCACCCUGCCUGGCACCAACGUCGUCGUCAACGGAAGCCAGCUCAUGGGGAGCCUGAGGAGGGAAGCUGCAGCGGCGCGGCAUCACGUCACGCAGCGCCUCCAGCGCACCUUCAAAGCGCUGCAGCAGCUCCUGGCUGAGGAGGCGCAGCGGCUGCUCCUGGCUGAGGAGGCGCAGCGGCUGCGUGUGCGCCUCAGGCAGCAGCACCGCCUGCUCUCCUCUCAGGUCCGAGCAGCUCACAGCAGCAUCAUCAAAGGUUCCCGGCAGCACACGGACGGAGCGACCAGGCUCGCCUCCGAGGGUAAAGACCUGCUCCAGCAGAAGGUCCAUGAGCUUCACAGAGCCUCCAGCGUGGAGCGGCUGAACAGCGCCACCAAGGCGCUGCUGGGAGUAUUGCAGUCUAACCUGUCUGAGGCGCUGCACGGCAGCGCUGACCUGCUGAAGGAGGCACCGUACAUCCGGGUGGGAAAAGACAAGCUGGACGUGGAGGUUCCUCUGCCGUUCCUCUGGAAGUCCUUCAGCGAGUGGCCGACUCUGCUCAGACGCUGAAGUAAAAACAUCCGCCAUGGUUCCGUGUUUUUAUCUCUGGAACAAUAAAUAAAGAGAUCGGUGAGAACGUG